AUGGGAGGCAAAGCCAAGUUUAAGAAACACACGGCUGCAGACCUUGAACGUCGUCAAAAGCAGGUAAAUAAAGGUGGAGGUAAAGCUGGAGCUGCUACACGUGCAGUUGCUAAGCUGAAUUUUACAUGUGAUGUUUGCAUGAGUGCCUCACCAGACAUCAAGUCGUAUGAGCUGCACUAUAUGAGUAAACAUCCAAAAGCAGUAUUUGAUCGGGAGGCGAUGAUUAGUAAAGCAGAAGCACUGCGUAAUUCACAACAGGAUCACUCCGCCAGUGGUUCACAUCACAAGAAGAAAUAA